GAUUCUUAGUUUAAUUCUUUACUCUGAGUAGUUACAGUAAUAAAAACAAUGUAGACGACGGAACUUUUAGACAAAAAACAUAAGUUGCUGGAGAAACUCUGGCAGCGUCUGUGGAAAGACAAACAGAGAUAAACAUAUUCCAGAAAUGAAUCUCUGUGGACUGGAAACAUUAACUCUGUUUUCUCCCCACAGAUGCUGCCCACUGCUAUGUUUUUCAGCAUUUUUUUAAAUUUCAGAUUUCCAGCGUCCGCAAUAUUUUGCUUUUAUUUUCGUGCCUUAUUUCUGUCUUCUUCAUGGACAGGUUAUGCUCCCACUCUGCAAAUGAUUGUUGAUUUCCCAUCUACUGUUAUGUCAUCUUCCUAAUUGGUUAUUUCGCUCUGCCUGUCCCCAAAAUUUGUAUUAGUCAAUUCUAAUAUUGCUGAUUGUAAGAUAUAAGGAAUGAUUGUGUAGUAGUCAAUAAUGGCUGUGGUUCAAUCAUUUAAUUUUGGGAUACUACCCAGCCAGGACCACCAUUGAAUUGUUGUCUGACAUGCAGAAUAUAGCUGAAUUCCAUUUCUGAAAUGCCAUUGUGAUUGUCAUGCCAGUUGCUCUGGUAAAUGUGAAGCAAGCAGGGCUGCCCAAUGAACAAGAUGAUUUUGACACAUGAACUAGAACUCUUUCCAGGAUGCACUGUGACUCUUCUGUUGUUUAAAGAUGUUAAAAAUGCUGCUGAACUUCGAAAGAAAGCUGUGGAAGGAACUAUAGAUGGAGCUUUGAUAAAUGCAUCCAUGAUAGUUGAUCCAUUUCAGAUACUUGUGGCAGUCAACAAAGCUGUUCAUUUACACAAACUGGCCAAAAUGAAGACAAGAGGCCUUUAUUCUGAAAUCAUAUUUAAUCUCUCUCCAACUAAUAACAUUUCAGAUGCGUUCAGAAAAUUUGGGAUUUCAGAUAAUGACUCAGCUGUUCUCAUUGUUCUGGUGGAUGAUGGAGAGAAAAAAUCUGAUUUAGAAGGUGUUUUAAGGCAAGUGGACGGGCAACAAAUCCAUGUCCAGGAUCUUUCAGCAAUAGCGGAUGUGACCGAAAUUAAAAAGAUUUACAAGGUGUCUCCCCCUGAGGAAAAAGUUGGCAAUUUGUUGGAUGCAAUUAUUUGUCGAAUGUCAGUGAAAGAUAUUCUUUGACAGAAGAAACCCUGUUACUUUAAAUGAACUCUUCAACUAUUUUUUUUCUGAAGGUGAAACCGGAGAGCAGCAGCAUACAAACUGGGAUGCAUUGCCUCCAAUUUUAUAUGCAAUCGAACUAGGAGUCAAAGUCCUCUUCUUCACUAACCACUGCAACCCAUACAGAAAGCCCACUGUUAUUGUAUCAAGGUCAACUGUAUUUUUAAAUAAUAAAUGCUGACUUCGUAAACAACUGCCUGUGCUUGAAUAAAGAUCCUGGAAAUGCCUGCAUUUCUUGUUGAUGUACACUUC